CCCGUUAUUUGGACGAAUUCAAUUAUCCUUUUCGAACCCGUGUCUUUCCCAAUGGCUACUCGGCGGGCCGUUCAGGCCCUGCCGCCUGUGCGCGCUUUCCUCUCCCGAUCUUGUUUGACGACUGCUCGACAGCAGCAGCGAGCAUCGAGCUCGUCCUCCACUCAAGCGCUCGCGUACAAAGCUUUGCACCGCCGUAUCGCACCUCUCCCGACCGAUGACCGCCCACCCGCCUGGUCUGCCCAAGCCGCCGUGAGCAGCAUUCUCUACGAGACCCCACUUCCGUCCCAGCUUCCCCCGAAACGUCACAUUUUGAACUGUCUUGUGCAGAAUGAGCCAGGCGUCCUAUCUCGCGUCUCUGGGAUUCUGGCCGCUCGUGGUUUCAAUAUCGACAGCUUGGUUGUGUGCAAUACCGAGGUAGACGAUCUUUCCCGCAUGACCAUCGUCCUUCAGGGCCAGGACGGCGUUGUGGAGCAGGCCCGUCGCCAGCUCGAAGACCUGGUACCCGUAUGGGCCGUCCUCGACUACAGCGAGUCUCCCCUGGUGCAGCGCGAACUGCUUCUGGCCAAAGUUUCGGUGCUUGGCCCCGAAUAUUUCGAGGAGCUGCUCAACCACCACCAGGAAGCCAUCCAGCCGGAGCACCAAGAAGGAGAGCCACCCGCGGAUUUGUCUGAAGAGCAAAUGGCUAUUGCCGAAGAAGCAGCCCGCGAUUCUUUGAGGAGAGACUUCCACCCCAACAAGCUUGCAGUCAGCCAGGCACUGAGGCACAAGCACGAGCACCUGCGCGCCAUCACUUUCAUGACGCAUCAAUUUGGUGGAAAGGUGUUGGACAUCAGCACGAACAACUGUAUUGUAGAGGUGUCGGCCAAAUCUACUAGGAUUGAUUCGUUUAUGAAGCUCAUCGCUCCUUUUGGUAUCCUUGAGUCAGCCAGAACAGGUCUGAUGGCAUUGCCCCGUUCCCCACUACACGACCCCAAGGAGGGCGAAGAGAAAGACGCUCAAGAUGUGGUUGAUCAGAGCACCCUUCCUCCCGGUUAGACU